UGAACUGUGACAUAAAAUGUCAAAACACUGCAACAGUGUUUUCUUCAGUAAAAGAUGCAUUCAAUAAAAAUAUCGCUAUUAGAGUUUAAUUAGACUUAUUUCUAUAAGAAAUCAUGUCUGGCGGACUUAUAGAUAAAGUUUAUAUCGGUUUAGAUCAUGCGCCAGCCGCAUUUGAUAUCAAAUCGCGAAUACUAGGACCAAAUGGGACUAACUUAGAGUACAUAAGGUCGGAAACGGGAGUAGCUGCGGUGUUGAAAAAUGAUAAAUUCGAGCCAUUGCACUUGGCUCUUCAUCAUACUAGAUCCGAGGCAUUGGCGGCUGCUAGAUCGUUGGCACAGAACUUAAUAGAGACUAUACGAGCUGAGUUGGCGCAGUGGAGCGCUGCGCAGGCCGGAGGGCCGCCUCCUGCGUUGAACGUGCCCCCUCCGACCCUUACAACCACUGCCGCACCUCCCCCUGUGCCCCCUCCCGUGGUAUCAGUGGCCAUGUCUACCCCUUCUUCUCUCAGUACUUCUACCCAUCCUUCUGUCAUUCCUCCAGUAGUGAGUGUGGCACCAGCCACUACUCCUCUUAUGACUGUACGUCAACCCACAGUACUACAGUUACUUCCUCAACAACACUAUGUACUGAACCAAGAAAAUGGUCAACUCAUACCCAUUGUACAACCUGGUGUACAAGUAUCAAAUACCAACUUCACGUCACUACCCAUAGCACAGUCGUUAGGUGCAAUACAACAGCCCAACUUUGGGACACAGAUGAUUGACAUAUCUUCCAUGCAGCCGGUUAAUGUGACUCAGCUAAGACUGAGUGGUGUUCCGUCUUCCAUGUCCAUGAUUCUGCCAAAUGGAUUAUCUUUUCCUCAAGCAAGUUUAACAGGUGCAGACACAACCACAGUUAGUUCUGCAACAGCAACACCAGUGGUCUGCGCAGCGCAAAGCACCAAUUCCUCACAGAAGUUCCUAUACAGCACUGACAAAGGCGACAAAGAAGUCAAAUAUCAUAUACAGGGUGCUGAUACUAUGCAAUGGACUGUCCCAGGUGGUCAAACUAUGUUGAUACCGUAUCAGCAACUACAGGAGUUGACAUCCAAUCAGUCUGGGUUGACCAACUUACAGCCACAGCAGUAUGUUUCUAUAGCGCCAGCGAACAGUUUCCAACAAACCUCGCUCCCACUGUCAGCUGUGCAGCUCCAACAAUUACAAGCCACUGGAACACUCAUGCAAUUCAACCAGAAGCCCAUAGUAAGCAGUGCGUCUCUAAUAAAUAUAAUUUCAACCGGUCAAGCGUCCUCUCCGCAAAUUAUAUCAAGUUCAACACCAACAAAACAUAACCAAGACUCGAGAGGUCAAAAAAGAUUGUCAGAUGGAACGCCCAGUCAGUUGCAGUUACGCCCGAUAGCACCGGCUGGGUCGCAUGUAAGCCAGGACAAGAGCUCGUCGAGAGAUUCGAGGUCUUGGACCAGCGCCGCAGCUAGAGAUAACACGGUGGUCAGUAUGGGGAUGAAAAUAAAUCCUGCUCACGGAACCAUCAUCCACGUGUCUUCGGGACAACAGACCAAUGUAUCAGGAUCAUCGGUAACACAAGACGGCUCAGGGAUGUAUAUUAAACAUUUAGACAGAAAUGCCAUACAGAUACAAUCUGGUAAAGACGGACAGAAGCAGGACCUAUCGGGGAAUAAACUACAGAAUACAACUCAAAACGUGCAAAUGAUAACAGUUCCUCAAGGCAUGACUGUACUGCAGAAUCCUUUGAACAUCAGUCAGAUGCCAACUAUGAUAGGCCAGCCCAACAGCCAAGUCUACAUGAUACCAGCGAAUCAUCCAAGCCUCGUCCAAGGGGGUCUACCCCCCGGGUUAAUCGGCCAACAAGUUUUGCAGCCAGGGCAGAACGUAACAGUCAUGCAGCCAAACCAACUCGGCAUGCCAGGCGGAGUCCAAUACAAUGUGCCAUUAAUGCCAAUGAAUAUGCCACCGAAUUCGCAAUAUAUGCCAGCAGGAAUUAAUUUGAAUACGCAGCUAUCAGCACAACAGUUGAACGCAGCUCUCGCCGGCCAACAGUUGGCCAAUUCGAAUUUAACAGUUUCUGGUACGAUCCCUAUAGUACAAGCUCCUCCUCCCUCAUCGCCAAUGACCAAUACGCCAACAAUACCAGUUUCUCAACCUCCGCCAGUUCAUCAAAUCGUACCCCAAAAUUCUAACUUCAUAACGCCAACUUCACAAUAUGCAAAUAUGCCGCCACAGUAUGUGAUGCAGGCUAAUUCAGGUGCAAUGACCAUGCCCGCGACGAACCCCAAUGUCCAAUACACAAUGUCAACUAAUCAGGCGACUACACCAGCACCUAAUAAUGGCAACAGCCAAUCGACUAGUACCGAAACAGAUGCUGCCGCAAAUGGAACGAGCAAUCAAACUAAUUACAUCUCUUCAUCAUCUCAGGAUAACAGCUACUCGAUUUCUGGGACUACCCCUGCAAAUCCGACUCAACAAAAUUUUGCAGCCGAUGGAAACUCUACUUCAACUUCUUACACGCCUUCAAACCAAACUGUAACACAGCAGAGUUACGGGACGAGCAACGGCAGCACUUCACAAAACACAGCUUACAACGGCAGCCAAACCACAACGCAACCUCCGAGUUACCCUACAAACGGUUCAAAUCCUCAAACGCCGAAUCAAUCUUACGGGGCGUGUACAACCCCAAGUUCGCAAAAUAAUUCGCAAGCAAGUUUCUCUCCAUCAACCACUCCAGCUCCUAAUCAAAGUUAUCCCGCAAACAUGCCCAAUAUGCCGAACGUAGCUUACCCGCCAAAUCAAACCGGGCAAAAUCCGUACCCAAACGCAACGGGGCAAAAUCUAGCGGCAUACGCGAGUAACCAGUACCAAUACACGAGCAGACCUUGGUUUAGACCGCGAUAUGGAUCUCCGCAAGGGUCGCCCUACGGGUCAAACGCUGUCCCGCCCCCUAAUGGACCCCCCAUGCCUGUUCCACCGCCCACUGGCAACUACAACAACUACUGGCAGGACAGUUGAGACUUGGAGGGCAUCAUCAACACGGACUUGAGUCAGGACUCGUGACAAAUGUCGGACGCAGAUAUUAAUAAUAUUUUACUGCUUAUACUAUAAUUUUAGGCAGCAUAAAGCAGUUGAUGAUUGAAGUUUAGUAAUGUUGGUAGUACUGUAUACACCUAUAAAACUGAUCGCAUACCAAUCAGCGCGGACCGAUCGCGAUAUAUUUUAUUCCAAGUGUCCACUGGCACGUGUUCUUGUAGAAGUUUCCUUGUCAUUGCAACGUCAAUGUCAGCAAGUUUUUUCGAUUGAAAUGUAACUUCCGCAAUUUCUUGCGCAAGUAUUUACACAAUGUAAUGGGCAAGCGGUAGGAAAGAGUCUUCUGCAAGUUGUACCUAGUUGACACUUAGCAUAAGAAUGACGUCUUAGUAUGCUCAAAAGCGCGCUGCGCACUCGAGUACGGCUAUGCGAAAGGAAAUCAAGCUAAGUUUAAGCUCGAUGUCUGAAAUUGACGAUGAAUUGCGCCUAA